GGGGGGGGGGGGGGGGGAGUCCGCCUGCCUCCGGUGGCUCUUGGCUCCUGCUCGCCUUUCUGGCGCACCUUUCUGCCUGGAAGCCGAUGGGCAAGGCUCGCCCGGGGGCACCGAGGGCCACGGCAAGCAAGCUGCUUCAUGUCCAGUGUGACUUCCUCCUUAACCAAGCAUAUGCUUUGCACUGAAUCCUAGAUAUGGAGCUGGCCUUCCUGUUCGUCUUUAAAAUGGUAACAGCCUCAUUGCGUCAUGGAAUGACCAUCGCCGGUGCCAUCCUCCUGGUGACGGGGACGCUUUGUUUUGCUUGGUGGAGUGAUGGGGAGAUGGAGGCUGCUGCAUCUAGCAAUGACCUGAAGGUCCUGCCUCUCGGAGAAGCUGAACCAGGGACAAGCUCCACUUCCUCAAAUUCAAUGCUGAGAUCCAUCAGCUUCUUUUGUUGUGGAAUUGGAGGGCUCCUCCUUCUUUUUGGACUCCUGUGGUCAGCCAACGCUGGAAUCGUUUCUCGCCACUAUCAGUACCAUUUUUCCAGGGACCUUCAUUACUCCACUGUUGAGCCUCUUGAAAAACAGACCUGCAGUACCUGGGAAGCCAGCACUGUUCCCACCUAUGAAGAAGCCUUGAAUUGCCAGCCUGCUGAAAAUGCUCUAAGAUACACAGAAUCUCAUAUUUUGAAGGAAAGCAACUCCUCAUUAUAUCAAGUGGUGGAUGAAAGCAGCACGUGGCAUGGAAGCCACAGACACAGUUCCUCUGAUAGUAUUUUGUUCCAGAAUAUUCUACCAAGGCAAGAGUCGGGAUCUUGGGAUGAAGCAGAGGUUGUCUGUGACACACCACCUCCUAGCUAUGAGAGUAUCGGCUCAUGCGAUAAAUGAUCCAGAGACCUUAUUCGCUGCUUAUUGAGAAUCUAAAUUGCUCUUAACCAUGGCCUUUUCCCUCCAGUUAAUUAACUGUAGUCAACUGGUUUAGAAAGAGAGUAAAUAACUAUUACAAUAUUACAUGAUUGCAUUGUUUUUUGUAGGAAUUGGCUGACAAAUUUUGAAAGAGCAGCCUCUACAUUGCUUUGUCAUGCAUGGCUAAUGUGUAUGCAGUAUUCCUUAUGUAUGUGGAUGCUUUAGAGGACCAAUCAAGAUCAAUGGAAACUUAGAUAAUUAAAAUAUAUACCGAUGCAGAACUUUAAGGUGAUAUAGAAUUCAUUAAGGUAACCAGCCUCUGGAAAACGUAUAUUAUAAUCAUUUUAUAAUUAUUAUAAAAUAAUUAUUGACUGACAAACAUAUAAGUAUUAAAUGUACAGGAAGUCCCCAGGGUGUGAAUAUGAUGGGUUCUGUAGGUUUGCUCUUAAGUUGAAUGUGUAUAUAAGUUGAAACAGGUACAUUUUAAAGUGUAACUUCAGCCAUACACAAAUACACACAUAUAUAAAUAAAGUUUUGGAUACCAUAGAGAAGGGUUAACACCCCCAGUUGUUUGUCUUGCUAUCUGUGCCCCUAUUCAGAAGAUUUCAUUUCAUUUCACUGGAUUUUGACUGGUUGCGUAAAUGAAGGAUUGUUGAAAAAGCUUCAGUUGACACACCUUUUCCCCGUGAUAACACUUUCAGGGGUAAAUUUCCUUUCCUAGGGGUAAAUUUAUAUCACUUCCUGUUGUCUCAACCCCCCCCCCCCAUUAACUAUGUCAUUUGUAUGUCAGAUGUUUGUACCUUCCCUCAAUACCGACUAAAAACAUGGAAUGUAGAGCUCCAUGGCUGCAAAAUGGACAUUAAACUGCAGAACUACAGAAGCAUUUGAAGAACAGAGCAUUUUGAAGCUGAAAGUUAUUUUCUUCUUCUAAGUAGUUCUGCCUGCUCAGCUGGAGUUCCUUUCUUCACUAUUGGAUCUAAACUUGGGAAAGCUAGUUUUUGGACUAGAAUACAGCCACAGCCAUGCUGUUGGGAGAUUUUGGAAGCUGUAGUGAAAAUAAACUUUCUAGGCAUUGCACUGUCAAGAAAAUGGUUAUUAGUAAGGGCACUUUCUCAUAUUAGUUUAGACUUUGCAUAUGAGAAACCAUUGCAUUUUUAAAAAAAAAUUCUGAUGGCUUCCAGUAUAUAUAUUAGCUCUUCUUUCACUGAUCAAAACUGGGACGCCCAUUUCCCUUAUUUAGCCUAAAAACCAUUAAUAUUAUUACUAGAUAUAUGGCUGGUAUCAUGCUUAGUUUUAUCUGCAAUGCAAUCUCCCAAAUGGAGGCAGAAUUUGUAAUCUAAACAGUUAUAGCAAGCCAGGCAUGUAGCCCCCCCCCCCGAAAUUCUCAGGAUGGUCUGCGAGAAGGCCUUACAUUUAUUAUUUAAACUGUUAUGUUUGUUCAUAUCAUUAUCUGAUCACCAUGCUCAAUAUAUCCCAUAUGCAUGAGGGUAUUGGGAUAACGAUACAAAAGGUUUGCUAGGGUAGAUCCGCUCACUCAGACUCAGCCCCCCCCCCCCCCCAAAAAAAAAAUCCUGGCUACGGGCCUGUAGCAAGCAGAUUAAUCCAUAAAGCAGGGUGAACAACUUGUGACUGUCUGAGUGUUGCUGAAAUUCAAUGCCUGUUUUCUCUGACAACAGUAGCCAGCAUGUUAAGAGUUACAAUCCAGCAAGUUACUGUAUUAUAGUAUGCUGCAAAAGAAGAAUAUAGAAAUAAACAAUCUUGCAUCAUGACAUUGAGUUACAAACCGCUAUCUAGGGAUGGACAUGAGAGGUGGAAAAUCCAACAGACUCUGUGAAGUUUCCUGUCCGUUGAUUGUAAAGAAAAGGGUAGUAUGUUGAGGGUAGUAAUUGUUGACUUUUGUAUACAAUACGUCCCCAACUACACUAUUUCAUUGGGCAAAACCAUCAUUUCCUGCCAGGUUAUAAUAUUUCUGCAUCGAGAAUGUUCUUUCUGGUAUAGAAAAUGCUGUUUUCUGUACCAUUUUGUAUGAUCUUAUUUUAUUACUUAUUUGUGGAUAUAUUCACACUGUACAAUGUACUAUAACUCAUGGCUUUAUUUUAUGAAAUCUUGAGAUUUAUAAUUUGGUGAGCUACUUAGAAUUCUCUUUAGACAGCUCUUUUCACACACCUGACUUCAGCAGAGAAUUGUAAGUGCAUCCCUAAGCUACAAAUCCCAGAACUUUAUUGCAUGGAGUCAUGGUAGCUGAAAUGGCAUUAAAGAGUUAAAUACAUAUAGCUGGAUGCAUCUAUCUAUGGAUGUAGAGAGAGUGUAUGUGCCGAACACAUGCCACAUUGGAGGGGGCAAGGCCAGCUCUUAGCUAAAUUAAAAGCUGUGUUGCAAAAACAAAGCAAAACACAACUGGAAUCUAAUUCAUUUUAGAGCAUUGAUUGUGUUUACUGAAGUAAUUAAUCCAGCCUCAGAGAGAGGAAAAUGAGCUGAACUUCUGAGACUAUACAGUCAGCCUUCCACAUUUGCGAGGCACCUACUAAACAUGCAUGCUACAGACUAAAUUUCUCAUGUUCCCUUGCCUUUUUUUGUAUUGCUCUUCUUAAGCAUAAGGAAAAGAAGAAUGAUGGUACUGGAGAAGUUUUUUGUAGCAGCUAUGGCAGGGUUUGUCACAGAAGGGACGAUGUUAAAUACAAUCUAGGUGCUGUUUUUUUUUUCUUUGUGUCAGGAGCAAAUUGAAAAACUGCAAGAUGCUUCUGGUGUGAGAGAAUUGGGAGGAUGUUGCACAGGGGAUGCCUAAAUGUUUAAUGUUUUUUACCAUCCUUAUGGAAGGCUUCUCUCAUGUCCCUGCAUGGGGAGCUGGAGCUGACAGAGGGAGCUCAUUUGCGCUCUUCUCGAGUUGGAUUCGAACUGGCAAUCUUCAGGUCAGCAAACCAGCCUUCAAGUCAGCAUUCCUGCUGACACAAAGGUUUAACCCACUGCACAACCGGGGGCUUAAACUAGUUAAGCAGUAGCAGCUACUCUGCAAGAUAAGCAGCAGGUACAAAUCAGCAAGUAAUCAAAUCCACAGAAGUUAUAUCCCUGAAAGUUGGGCUGAUGGUACAGUAGAGUCUCACUUAUCCAACAUAAACGGGCCGGCAGAACAUUGAAUAAGCAAAUAUGUUGGAUAAUAAGGAGGGAUUAAGGAAAAGUCUAUUAAACAUCAAAUUAGGUUAUGAUUUUACAAAUUAAGCACUAAAACAUCAUGUUAUACAACAAAUUUGACAGAAAAAGUAGUUCAAUACUCAGAAAUGCUAUGUAAUAAUUACUGCAUUUAUGAAUUUAGCACCAAAAUAUCACGAUGUUUUGAAAACAUUGACUACAAAAAUGCUUUGGAUAAUCCAAAACGUUGGAUAAGUGAGUGUUGGAUAAGUGAGACUCUACUGUAUUUGAAUUUCUGUGACAACCUAAGAGAUGAAAAGGAUCAUCGUAUUCUCUUAGGUUUACAUUUUGUUUUGUUUCUGGGAUUGUUCUGUGGGAGUAUUAGGGCUGAGUCAAAUGUUUAUUUUGAAGUGAUAGGAGCCAGCAAGCAGUGACUUCAUUGCUUCAUUUUUACUUGAGACAUUAUUUGUCUUAGUUUUGCCCACUUGAAUGUCUCAUUACACAUGAAAGGAAACUCUUUAGAAUGAACAUUUUCACUGACAACAUGGUAACUUUGGAGAUUUUCAUGUGGGAGCAAUUUUAGACAAAUAGCUCCUCACGGGAAGAUGAAAUAGUCAAAGUCAGUCAUGUGAUGACUAAAUCCCUUUCCAAACCAACUCACGAUUUUUCAAAAAAAAUUGUAAUUGCUAAGGACAUUUCUUUCAUGGUGCCUGUAAUCUCUAACUCAUUUCCAGCUAUUCUCAUUUCCUUUAAAAAGGAUUAUCACCUGUAAUCUGUUUGCAGUUAAAAAGGUGUUUGGUGCAUAUCUUGGAUGCCUUCCAGUUUGUUGUGCAAAUCUGGAUUUCGUAUUAAUCAUUCAUCUCCUGUUUCCAUUUUCUUUAUCACUUUAGCCAGUAUCUGAAUGAAAACAUACUUUCAGGUCCCCAAAAGGUGCAAACAGAUUAUUGCAGGUGGUGCUCAUGGUGUUGCCUCUGCAUCCGAACAAGGAAUAUCACCUCCUGGUCAUUUUCACAUUUUCACAUCCUGGUCAUUGUUGAAGAAGUGGGUGGAGUUUUUCUUGACCUAUUCUGGGACAGAGUAAAAUAUGAACUUGUGUGGGGAUUAUACAAAAAAAUUUGGUUUCUCCCUAGAGUUUUCAGAAUUUUGUAGGAUGAAAAGAAUGGUGUUUCAGGCACUGUAUAAAAUCCACAUUGAACUGGAUUAUAUGACAGUGUGGACUCAGAUAUUCAAAUUCAAAGCAGAUAUUGUGGAUUAUCUGCCUUGACAUUCUGAGUUAUAUGGCUGUGUGAAAGGGAUGUUAGUUCUUCAAAAGAAAACCAAGAACUACAAGUACAAAUAUAACAAACGUUAGCAACAUUUGCCCCACCUGGAUAUAGGGUGUCUAUAUUGAACUGCCAUUUUUAAACAUGGCAAGAAUCUUGUGGUUUUGCCAGUUGUGUAACAGGCACAAUUCCCAGAUACUUCUCUGCAUUUCUACCCUGUUUCCCUGAAAACGGGACAGUGUCAUAUUAAUUUUUGCUCCCAAAGAUGUGCUAGGUCUUAUUUUCAGGGGAUGUCUUAUUUUUCCACAAAGAAGAAUUCAUAUAUAUUGCUGAACAACUACUGUAUAGUAGUUGUCAUCACAAACCAUCAUAACCAGACAAACGGUGAAUCCUAUCAAGAAUUUCUUGUUACUGCCACUAUUUCCAUACAAUCAAUAGUAUGUUCAUUUACCGAUCCUGUAUGCUUUGGUAUUUUGUUUGGCGGGCAUGCUUCCAAACAAAAACUUUGCUAGGACUUACUUUUGGGGGAGGCUUUAUAUUUAGCAAUUCAGCAAAACCUCUACUAGGUCUUAUUUUCAGGGGUUGUCUUAUUUUUGAGGAAACAGGAUAUAGCUCAGAAAAGAGGCAAGAGUUGAAUUUCCGUUUUCCACCUGACUAUAAAUUAGAGUUUGGAACUGCAGCAGGUCUGAGAGCUAUUUUUAUACACUGGGGGCCCUCAUCACAUUGUUGUCUUUGCAGUGCCACUGCCGUGUCUAAGCUUCAAAAUUUCAAACGAGACAUGACAGAUGAAGGCAAGAUCAGAUGUUUUAUUCGCUUUGGCCAAAAGUAGAUGUCCCAAAUCAGACAUAAAGGCAGUGGAUGCAUACAGAGACAUUUAUAGAAACUUGACAGCAGUUUGAAAGACUGGACUUCUGCCACACCAGGUGCUAAUUGGUGCAAAUUAUGAUCCACUGAUUGAUGGAGGCACAUCAACCACAGUUGCUGCUGAUCAGUUCCAUGGUCUGGUGUGAAAUUUAAUAAACCAUGAUUGCUCUGUUUGAAGCUUGUAGCCAUUUUUUGUAUUCAACUCAUUUGGGAGCUUAAGGGAAGGAAUGUGAGCAAGGUUCUUCAUGAUUCUGAUCUUGUCAGCUGGAAUUUCACAAUGGAUCCUGGCUGAGGAGUCAAUGGGUGUCAAAGCAGCUUGAUGGGUUCCCUGGGAGAGAGAAAAAAAAAACAGGCAGUGAGUAACUUGGUGAACUUUUGGGAUGUCUGAGGAUUAACUGGGUGAAAGGGUUCAUUGUUGUCAGGAGGGGUGGGUAUUGAGUGAUUGUGUCAUCUGCCCAGAAGUGGAAAAACCCCAUGCAAAUGGAGUGCGUACCGUCACAGAAAAGUAUAGUUGAUAAUAAUCCUCAAAUGACCUUGGACUGACACUAGACUGAGAUCUUGACCUUGCGUGAUUUUAAUUGAUGUUUUAAUAAUUGAUGUUUUAAUUUUUGAUUUUAAUUGUAAUUGUUAUUUUGAAUUGUAUGUUCACAUUGAAUUAUUGCCUGUUGUGGGGCCGCCCUGUGUCCCCUUCGGGGUAAGAAGGGUGAGGUAUAAGUAUGGGAAAUAAAUACAUAAAUAAAUUUCACGUGCACAAAAAAACAAUCUUACUUCAAAACCAUUUAGACAUCUUUAAUAUGCUUUCCCUCCUCAAAAUCUGUCAGAACGUCGAUUGAGACAGAUGCCUCUCACAUUUCACAGUAUAUAUUUUAAAAACUUUUUCCACGCCAUUCUCCCAUCUCACUCUCCACAUCUUCCCUAAUAAAUUGCCUAUAUUUUC